GAAGUGACCAGGCCGCUCCUCAAAAUGUCAUGAUGGGGACACUGAUCUCGGUCUCGCUGAUUGUCAUCAUUUCCCUGAUUGGACUGGCAGGAAAUGCGGUUGUGCUGUGGCUCCUGGGCUUCCGCAUGCAGAGGAACACCUUCUCUGUCUACAUCCUCAACCUGGCGGGAGCCGACUUCCUCCUUCUCUGCAGCCAGAUUGUACGUUCCCUGGACAUACUCAGCGACAACUUCCAUUCUAUUUCCAUUUCUAUCCCCACCCUUUUCAUUACUGUGUUUACCUUUGCCUACAUCACGGGCCUGAGCCUUCUCAGCGCCAUUAGCACCGAGCGCUGCCUGUCCGUCCUGUGGCCCAUCUGGUACCGCUGCCACCGCCCCAGACACGUGUCAGCUGUCCUGUGUGCCCUGCUCUGGGCCUUGUCCCUGCUGCUGAGCAUCUUGGAAGGGAAGCACUGUGGCUUCUUGUUUAGCGAUUUAAAUCUGGUCUGGUGUCAAAUAUUUGAUUUGAUCACUGUUGGGUGGCUGAUUUUUCUAUUUGUGCUUCUCUCAGGGUCCAGCCUGGCCCUGGUCAUCAGACUGUUGUGUGGCUCCCAGCGGAUGGUGCCGUCCUGA